AUGACGCCGCCCGAAAUUGCCCCCACGCCGAUUGAUUCCUGCAAGCGUGCAGGCCACAGACUCGGAGGAUAUACCACUCGGGUGCUCGGGCCGACCCCGGGGCAGAGGGAUCGACACUCAGCCAAACUCAAUUGUAGCGGGAAGGGGGGACUGGGGUUCAGAUCGGAGUUCCCCGGAGUCCCACUUCCACCGCGCGUCCACUUAUCCCAAGCCGAGCCGAUCGAUCUAUCGACGAUGCAAGUCAGCCGGCCACACCUCCAAUCAGUCGCCAACAGCCUGACGGCCCUCUCGAGUGGCCCUACCCCUCUAAACCGACUGUCUCAAUCAGUCAACGCCAAUGGGCCCUGUCGCCAAGCGUCUUCUGAAUACGGGAAGUGCGUUGCUCGGAACUAUCAACAGGUUGAGAGAGACUCGUGUUUGGCUGAGUUCAUGACCUUCAAACAAUGCGUCCAACAAACCGUUGGUAAGAAAUGGUGA